UUGUCGAGGCGGGACUCAAUCGGGUAGGUUCAUAGUCCUGAGAGCUAUUACCGAUAUGAGAGCACCAUGGUUCUAGUGGUCAUACUCUGACCGUCUAUGUUUUGCUUUUCUGUUGUAUGCCUUGUAGAUGAAAAGCCGCUCGGGCCACGACAACAUUCUGGGUACGGAAGCCAAUUCGGGAGAGAAUACGCGUGCCUAUAACCGUAGGUCCGGUAGCCAUUUUGCGAACGGGGCGGAUAACAACGCAACUCAGGUUAAGGAAUGUGGUCUCUGCAGGACAGAGUUCAGCAUGUUCAAAUGGAGGAAUGUCUGCUCGCAGUGCCGCAGAGUUGUUUGCUCCGAUUGCCUGACUAAGAAACAAAUCGAUCAACUAUUCUUGAUGGGUCUCCAAGCAGAACGGGAGGCGAAAGCCCGAGGCCUCGAUCUCAAUGCCGAAGAUAUCACUGUAGAUCCUGAGCAACAAGAGGAUGCUGCAGAUCCUCAAGAUUUGACAAGACCGGGGUUGCCACAGAGCGCGUCAGACAGCGCUGUCGAGACUGGCACUCGCAGCGACUUGACUGGAGUUCUCCCUCAGCGUAGCCAGAGCUUUAACAUCAAUGAUUCCAACAGCAACAACAACAGCGGUAGUGGAUAUGGCGGAUUCGGAAAUGGCUGGCGCGGGAUCAAGGGCAAUACCGACAGUGGACACGGCCAGGCCGAGAAACUGUGUGACCCUUGCUACCUGGGCCUGACAGACGACCAGAUCAAGGUACUCGAGUCUGGUGGAGGAUGGCAAUAUUACCAGGCAACGCUAAGUAAGCACCAAACCCCUGGUCUUGCGGCUGCGCUGGCGUUGAGUAAUAUGUCGUUGGAGGACGUGGUGGAAAAUGGAAAGGCUGGGAGUGAAAAGGGAGCGAAGUUGGUACCGGAUGCGAUGAGGGUCGAGGGGAGCCUUGUGCGCGCUGGAUGAAUACACGUCGAUGGUCGCAGGCAGCACACAAGUUGUAUAUAUCUCAUACACUUCUACAUAACCUUUUUUUCCAUACUCAUAAUUUCUAAUAACAUCUGAAUUAAUAAAUGCCCUAAUAACGC